UUGACAGUUCUCACAUGCAUCAUACACGGAAAAAUGAACUAGAUACGAAAUGACAGAAGAAAGGGAACAGCAGCGGAACGAUGGCUGACAACGCUGAGGCUGGAAAUUUUAGUUGUAAGUGCUGCAAAUCAACUGAAAAUCUUAAGACAUGUUCAAAAUGCAAAUCUGUGUUUUACUGCAGCAGAGAGCACCAGCUUCAAGACUGGAAAAAGCACAGGCGAUACUGCAAGAAAAUCUCCCAGGAUCAUCAUCAAGAAGAAGAGUCCAUGGCUGACCUCGCUCGAGAGGCUACCGUAUCCAAACCCAUGAAAACGAACUCGAGGUCUGCUGCAAAUCAUAAUGGUAGGCCUAAACAAGACAACAUAAUUCCAGUCAUGCCAGUUGAAAUGAACAACCUAUGUGUUGAAAGUUCAAAUGAAACCGCAAAAGCGAACUCUGAGAGCACCACACAGAAUGAGAAGACAUUUACGGUCAAUGAAAAGAAAACCUUGAAAUCAUGCUCUACCGUCCUUAAACAUGAACAAAAUGUUGGCCAUGAACAGAAUGGGUCCCAAUCUUCACCCAAUUACGACCCCCGGCCAUUCAUCCAAACCGACUUCCCACAUCCAAAAUCAAGAGACGGGGACACCCUAGCAAGGCAUGCUGCAGUCCAUCUGCAGAAGAGUGGCUACUGUGUGCUAGAUGGUUUCCUUAACCAGGAACACAGCCUAAACGUCUUGCGAGAGGUCAAAUCAAUCCAAGACAGCGGUGUUCUAAUCGAUGGCCCACUGAGUGGUGGGCGUACGAGCAGCGAGAAGUCCAAGAAAUUCACCAAGAGGGUCAUACGGGGUGAUAAGAUCACAUGGCUGCAAGGUCAGGAAGAGUCUUGUCCAAGGAUCAACUCCCUGAUUGCACAGAUGGACGAACUGAUCCAGAGACUGAAUUACUUCCUUCAAGGCCAAUAUGCCAUAAGUGGGAGGACAAAGGCGAUGGUUGCCUGCUAUCCUGGGAAUGGAGCUGGCUAUGCCUGUCAUGUGGAUAACCCUAACCGUGAUGGACGAUGUGUCACCUGCAUCUACUACUUGAAUGACAAAUGGGACGUCACGUCACAAGGUGGCUUGCUGCGGUUGCUGCCUGUGUCAGGAGGCCAUGUGGAUGUGGAGCCACUCCUGAACCGCCUACUUCUCUUCUGGUCCGACCGCCGCAACCCACAUGAAGUCCAGCCAGCUUUUGAUAUGAGGUAUGCCAUCACAGUGUGGUACUUUGAUAAGUCGGAGCGUGAAGAAGCCAAAAUGGCUCAGCUGAAUGAAGACAUGAGUAAGCUGCGAGGUGAGGUGUCUUUGCCUGAUGUCAAGGAACAGAAAGAGAGAAAAGACCACAUUGAAGAGGAGAUUCAGAAGAAAUCCAGUGAUGCAGUAGCAGGCCUCUCUUCAGCUGAAUUACAGGCACUGUCAGGCAUGCUGGAAGGGCAGCCCGACCCACGAGCAAUCCUGACUAGCCACGGGGUGGCACCCACAAUACAGGACGCCCUCUUGUGUCAGCUGAAGGGGAUGAAGUAAUAUGCUGGAAGGUAGCAAGAAAAUUUACUCUGGACACGCGGCUUCCGCAAUAUAAACAAGGGGAGGGGUGGGGGCUGGACUGGAUACCCUAUGACAAAUGGGUUCCCUUUCAAAGCAGUCAGCAAUAAGCCUCUGUACUGAUGACAUCACACUUUGUUUACACUGUGCACUUUCCUAUGGAGCCAGUAGGGGCCCACGGUCCACUAAGCACUUUCAGCUGACACAAAGUGUGACUUCAUCAGUACAGAGGCUUAUAGACACUCAGAGAAUAGGUGGUGCUUUUCUUGGAAGCAUAUACGCCUAGAUUUUGCCAAUAGGAAAGUUAUUUUGCCAAAACAAUAAAUAUUAAUGGAGUGUGUUGACAGAACAACAAAUAAUAAGAUAGCAUGCAUUAUGUUUUUUUGUGUCUAUUACCGUCUUUCAAACAAUGAUUUCUGUAUACAGAGACCAUCUUCAAUUUACCUUUCACAUUCAAAGUCAUGGAAGGGAAACUAAUUAUUCAUCAGAGAUUAAUUUGAACUCUCUGCAUUCAGUUUAUGCCUAAAACAUAUGUUUCUUGAUAUUGUUGCACUGUUUUGUGAAGUUUUUUAUAAUUAAAUUUCCCAGAUGGUGGACUUAUUAAUUCAGCGCGCUGUGAUUUCCUUCUUAAUAAACAUGUUCAGUUGUCUUGACCUUAACAGAUAAUCUGAGACACUAAUUUUUGUUUCUGGGGUAAAAUCCUUUUUCAGCUUGCCCCAAUUUUUCUUUACAUUUCACCUCCAUUAGAGAGUUUGAAGCAGCAUGUUUACAAAUGUAUACUUUUUUUGUUUACAGUACCGGUAUAUUAUGUUUAUAUCUCAGUAAUAUUCAUUUUAAAAAAAUGCUACAUUAUUAUCAAAGACUGAAUUGCUCAUAAAUGUAAAAACUGUGGAUUCUGUUGUAUUUUCAACCAAACUAAAUGUUGGUUGCCUCUAAUCGCAUUUUUUAAAAUGGGCUUCAAAUUUAAUAAAAAUCUCUGUGAUAUAGAA